AUGUUCACGCCCGUGCAGACCUUCCUGGGCGGGCUGCUCCUGCACCUCUCGACGCAGGGCCUGCUCGAGGACACGGGCCGCGUCUUCGGUAUCUCUGGAAUCGUCUCCGAGGCCGCAUUCGGAGACAAAGCGCGCUGGCGCUGGGCCGUUAUUGCCGGUCUUGUCGCUGGUCCCGCGCUCGUGCACACCGUCGGCAUCGCGCCGUACGUCCCCGACCCGACGGCGUGGACGUGGACUGCCAUGUCCCCUGCGCGCCUUGCCCUCGCCGGCGGCCUUAUCGGAUUCGGAUCGAAGAUGGGCUCGGGAUGUACUUCUCAUCUGCCACAACCGCCCAACCAACCUGCUCUUAUUCGCUUGCGGCUAACGUCCAGCGGCCACAUGCUCUGUGGUGUCUCGCGCCUGUCUCCGCGUUCGAUCGUCGCGACCGCCGUCUUCUUCAUGACUGCCGUCCUGACGGCCAAGUUCUUCCCUGCGCCCGUCAACGUCCCUCCUCCCGCGUACCAGCUCGCCCCCUUCUCUGGACAGGGCACGCUCGCGCUCCUCGGCACUGUUCUCGGCUUCGUCGCGGCCAAGAAGUUGAUUGACCGCCUCGUCCCGCGCUGCGUCAAGCCCACCGUCCCCGCGCCCGAUGCUGCCGAGUGCGAGCGUAUCACCGAAUCCCCCGCCGGCCUGGCCACUUAUCUCUGGGCCGGCCUGUCGUUCGGUGUCGGCCUCGUCAUGUCCGGCAUGAUCUCGAGCCUCAAGGUGCUGGGUUUCCUCCGCCUCCCGCCUCCGCUGGACUCCUUCGACCCCUCGCUCGGCAUGGUGAUGCUGGGCGGUGUGCUCCCCAAUGCGCUCUCGUACUUCGGCAUGAUGAAGGAGAGCAACGGCCACCCGAAGCCCAGGUUUGGGUGGGAGCAGUGGCGCGUCCCGACGCGCAAGGACAUCAACCCGCGCCUCAUUGCCGGUGCGGCCAUCUUCGGCGUCGGAUGGGGCCUCUGCGGCGUCUGUCCCGGUCCCGCCAUCUCGACGCUGGGCGAGAUCGCCGUCGCGGCAGCCAACGGCGUCAGCCUCGACAAGCUCCAGCCCGGCUUCACCGCCUGGGGCGCUUACAUCGCCAACAUGCUCGCGGGCAUGUAUGCUGUCAAGCUCGUCGACAGCGUUAUCGCCUGA